AAACAUCAAUACACAUUCAAAAAGUGAUAUAAAAGAGGGUUAAAGCCCACUUCACAUUCUAGCCCGUUAGAUGGCGGAAUGCACUGUCAAUACAGCAGAAGACAGCGAAGAAGAAGAGUAACGCUAAACAGUUGAAAAUGCUGGUGAAUGUUCCCAUCUUCAAUUAAUCCAGGAGAAACAACUGACUUCUACAUGACAUGUUAGAGGAGAAUGAGAGCAUGAGUGAUUCAGAAGCCUGCAGAAUGAAGAAAGAUGAUCCUGAGCAACAAACAGAUCUGUUGGAAGUCAUUGAAUUGGAGGUUUCACCUAAUCAUUUCUUAACUGGAGAAAAAUCUUCAAGCCGCCCACAGACCGAAAGUAAUUUUUCGCAGAGAACAAGAGCCAAAACGUCUUUCCUCUGCCCUCACUGUGGAAAGAGAUUCACGCGUAAAGGAGACUUCAUUAGACACGAACGGAUCCACACUGGAGAGAAGCCCUUCACGUGCCCUCAGUGUGGAAAGAGUUUCACAUUAGCAGACGGACUCAAAAAGCAUCUGCGCUCUCACUCUGGAGUCAGAUCGUUUAAGUGUGAUCAGUGUGGGAAGACAUUUAUUUUGCCAUCACACCUGAAGAGACACAUGAUAAUCCAUGCAGAUUUGAAGCCUUACUCGUGUUCUCUUUGUGGAAAGAGUUUUUCUCAGCUAGACUGUUUGAAAAAGCAUCAGAAAACACACAGCGGUGCAAGACCUCACAUGUGCUUCGAGUGCGGGAACGCCUUCCAUUCAGCCGACACCUUGAAGCGACACCGGAGGAUUCACACCGGAGAGAAACCGUACAAGUGCUCCGACUGCGGCAAGAGUUUCACUCAGUCGGGACACCUGAAACAACACGAGAGAGUUCAUACGGGAGAGAAGCCGUACUACUGCUCGCUUUGUGGGAGGAGUUUCAGCACAUCGAGGAAUCUGCCGGCUCAUAUGAAAAAACAUUGUCCAGACAAUUAUCAGAUCAAGGAAGAUGAUGAAAACUGAUGCAGUGAGAUCUGAACAAAUCACUCAAGCGUGCCUGUAAACUAUUAUUACAGCAUGGAUGAAAAUAUAUCAUCAUAUCAAUAAGUAAAUAAGAUCGGUUUCGGUCAUUUCUGCAUUCCUGUAAUUUGCAAAAAAAGGAAUUUAUAUUACCUACAGAGGAAAAAGCACAAAGUCCCCCACUUUAUGUUCAGCACCAUUAGCAAGCAUCAUUUCCCCUUUUUAAAGUCACAAUGAAGUCAUAAGUGACAAUUCUUAGUUUUAAGGAAUAUUGGAGUAUUUAUUAUAAUGAUUUAUCCACACACCUCAUUAUUUUUAAAACAUUUUAAUGAGAUACUUUAAUCAAAAUAACUUCCCCUCCCUCUUGCAGCGACUUCUCUUCUCUGGUGAUGAGGGCGUGGCAACCUGUCAAUCACAUGAGAUCCACCAAUAGCAAACCACAACCAUCCAAUCAAUUCCCUAUAGACAAAAUCAAACAUUUUUUCUUGUCUGCGAAGCUGUUUCACAUGGAUAUACGUCACUAUAGGGAAGAAAAGACAGUCGCAACUUCCAUUUCUUGCUUGACUUUAAAAAAUAAUGCUGUUUCUGACAUAUGUAAAGGAGUGACAUCUCUUAAAAUACUAAAAGAAGUAUUCCUACCAUCAAUAUAUAUAUUUUUUUGGUUAUGUUAUAGCAACACGUUUCUUUGCACAAAGUACAAACAUAUUGACUGUGAAUAAUUUGUUGUGUUGUGGUGAUAUUUGCCAUUUAGGGUUAAUAUUAGUUUCAGAUUUGCAGCUCUGUAAUAUUUAUCUGUGUACAAAUGGCACUCUUUCUAAAAACAGCCAUGUAACUCAACAAAUGUGCAAAUAAACUAUUUAAAAACAAAAA